CUUCGGGCCUCGCAAUUAUUGCAAGGUUGGGGGAUAACAGAGCUUGAUGGUACUUGAAAGAAAUGAUAGUUCGCCCGUGCAUCGGUGUACCGUGGUAGUCAUCAAUGGCCAAGGUUUUACCUGCCCUAUCCUAGCAGUUUUGAUUGGCGGUAGCCCGGCCACCGUUAUUCCCGGUGGCUGCACCGCAACACAACUCAUUGUCACACCCUUAGUACCACUUGCUGCUGGUACAACAUUCCAGGUCGUCCUAACCACAGGCACAAUCGGAAAUCCUGUGACGCUUACCGCUUUUGUGGGGCUUGGCCUACCCGGUCCAGCCGGUCCACAAGGUCCAGCCGGUCCAGCCUGUCCAGGUCCAAUCUGUUUAACUGUCGACUGCAAGCGGAAGACUGUGACUUUCGGCUCAACUGCUGCCACCUCGUUCACCGUGGUCUCUAACACAGUGAUAAACGCCGUUGUUCCGCCGGGUCCUAGCGCUGCCGCUCCGACUCCCAUUGUCACAGGGCCUUCCCCAGCGUCCGGGCCGGUAUCAGGUGGGAAUACUGUCACCCUGACGGGCUCAAACCUCAAUGGUGCCACGGCGGUUACGUUUGCCGGUAAUGCAGCCAGUUCUUUCGCUGUCGCUCCAGCAGGUACCGCUGGGACCGCCUCCGUCACACCGCCUGCUAGUACUAGCCUGGGUUUCAAUUAUACUUAUAUCGCCCCUCCCGCACCUACAGAAGUAUUUCCUACUACGGGCGUCACUUCUGGCGGCGAUAGUUUCGCUAUCACCGGCACUGGUCUCACGGGAACCACUAGCGUGAAUUUCGGAACCACCCCCGCGACUAGCUUUACAGAGUUCCAUCACUCCAACUUCUGGACCGAUUACGGGGGGCACGGUGGUGACCAUUACUGGGCAGGCUUGAUUGAUACCAUUGAUGUGAACUUUGGGACAACUGCAGCGACGGGCGUUACAGUUACACCUGGUAGGAGGGAGGAUGUGUGGACCGUUGUAUGGAGUUCUCUUCACCUCGUUGGAGAGUUUCAGCUCGGCCGGUUCACCAGGAUUUGA